AUGGGCAUCACAUACCACCCAUGCCAGCCUUCCUGGGAGGCCCUGACAACUGUCCCUGGGAAUAUUGUCUCCUUAGGCCAUGGAGGGCUGAACCAGCUAGGAGGAGCCUUUGUAAAUGGCAGACCCCUGCCAGAAGUGGUCCGCCAGCGCAUCGUAGACCUGGCCCACCAGGGCGUAAGGCCCUGCGACAUCUCUCGCCAGCUCCGUGUCAGCCAUGGCUGCGUCAGCAAGAUCCUUGGCAGGUACUACGAGACUGGCAGCAUCCGGCCUGGAGUGAUAGGGGGCUCCAAGCCCAAGGUGGCCACCCCCAAGGUGGUGGAGAAGAUUGGGGACUACAAACGGCAGAACCCUACCAUGUUUGCCUGGGAGAUCCGAGACCGACUCCUGGCUGAGGGUGUCUGUGACAACGACACUGUGCCCAGUGUCAGCUCCAUCAACAGGAUCAUCCGGACCAAAGUGCAGCAACCAUUCAACCUCCCCAUGGACAGCUGCGUGGCCACCAAGUCCCUGAGCCCAGGGCACACACUGAUCCCCAGUUCAGCGGUAACGCCCCCAGAGUCACCCCAGUCGGAUUCCCUGGGCUCCACCUACUCCAUCAAUGGGCUCCUGGGGAUUGCUCAGCCUGGCAGCGACAGCAAGAGGAAAAUGGAUGACAGUGACCAGGACAGCUGCCGGCUGAGCAUCGACUCGCAGAACAGCAGCAGCGGGCCCCGAAAGCACCUUCGCACCGACGCCUUCAGCCAGCACCACCUCGAGCCGCUCGAGUGCCCGUUUGAGCGGCAGCACUACCCAGAGGCCUACGCCUCUCCCAGCCACACCAAAGGCGAGCAGGGCCUCUACCCGCUGCCCUUACUCAACAGCACCCUGGACGACGGGAAGACCACCCUGACCCCUUCCAAUACGCCCCUGGGGCGCAACCUCUCGACUCACCAGACCUACCCCGUGGUGGCAGAUCCUCAUUCACCCUUCGCCAUAAAGCAGGAAACCCCCGAGGUGUCCAGUUCUAGCUCCACCCCUUCCUCUUUAUCUAGCUCCGCCUUUUUGGAUCUGCAGCAAGUCGGCGCCGGGGUCCCAGCCGGUGCCUCGGUCCCGCCCUUCAAUGCCUUUCCCCAUGCUGCCUCCGUGUACGGGCAGUUCACGGGCCAGGCCCUCCUCUCAGGGCGAGAGAUGGUGGGGCCCACGCUGCCUGGAUACCCACCCCACAUCCCCACCAGUGGACAGGGAAGCUAUGCCUCUUCUGCCAUCGCAGGCAUGGUGGCAGGAAGUGAGUGCUCUGGCAGUGCCUACGGCCACACCCCCUACUCCUCCUACAGCGAGGCCUGGCGCUUCCCCAACUCCAGCUUGCUGAGUUCCCCAUAUUAUUACGGUUCCACAUCAAGGCCGAGCGCGCCGCCCACCGCCGCCACGGCCUUUGACCAUCUGUAG